GAUGAACAGAAACCAACACAGGGCUUCAUGGAAAGCCCACUAGAAUAGUUAGUAGCAAUAUCUUAAGUUGCAGCGUUGUCAGUCAACACUCAAACGACAACCUGCGCAUGUUUCCUCUCUUCGGCGAAUCUACCAAUAAAGAUUUCCCGCGCCGCACUUCAGGGGGACAUAACCGUCCAAAGGCAUUACAAAACCUGGACAUUUUUGUCAAACACUGAUAAACUCUUUUCUCUUCUCUUGCAAACCCUUUCCAACGAGCCGACACGAGCUCCGAAAUUUCAGCAGCAGCUUCACCUCGUAACCUCCGAAUAGACCCCGACCAGAUCCUUUGCUUUGCCGACGAACAUGUCUGAGUCCUUCCGCUUCUCGACUUCCUUAUCUCCGUUACAGUCUCCUGAAUUCCCUAGAAUGCCCUGUCUUAAACCCCGCAUUCACGUGCCGAACCACGUGCCAGUUUUAAAGCCAAUGACGGCAGCGAAUUCGAGGUUUCUUUUACCCGAAAAACUGAAAGUCACGGCUUCUGAGAUGCCGAUAACGGCGGCGGCUCCGGUUUCGAUGAUGGAAUCGGAGGGAUUAGAAGUGGACAGGGUGACGGAGGCGGAGCUGAAAGAGAACGGGUUCAGGAGCACACGUCGGACCAAGAUCAUAUGCACCAUCGGGCCUCGCACGUGCGAGUUUGAACAGAUUGAGGGUCUGGCUGUGGGAGGAAUGAACGUGGCGCGUGUCAAUAUGUGCCACGGCAGGCGCGAGUGGCACCGAGACGUGAUCCGGCGGGUGAGGCAUUUAAAUGAAGAGAAAGGGUUCGCCGUGGCAGUUAUGAUGGACACGGAAGGGAGCGAGAUUCACAUGGAUGAUCUAAACGGCGCCCAAUCGGCCAAAGCCGAGGAUGGUGAAAUAUGGACUUUUACCGUGCGAGCAUUUGAUCCGACAUCGUGCCCCAAACGUACCAUUACUGUUAACUAUGAUGGCUUUGCUGAAGAUGUGAAGGUUGGUGAUGAGCUGCUUGUUGAUGGAGGAAUGGUGAGGUUUGUGGUGACUCAGAAGAUUGGUCCAGAUGUAAUCUGCCACUGUACAGAUCCAGGGCUGUUAUUACCUCGUGCUAAUCUUACUUUUUGGAGAAAUGGGAGUCUGGUUCAAGAGCGUAAUGCCAUGCUUCCUACAAUAUCUUCAAAGGAUUGGCUGGAUAUUGAUUUUGGAAUUGCCGAGGGUGUUGAUUUUAUUGCAGUAUCCUUUGUGAAGUCUGCUGAAGUCAUUAAGACUCUAAAGAGUUAUAUCACUGCACGAUCACCUGAAAGCCAAAUUGCUGUCAUUGCUAAGAUUGAGAGUAUUGACUCUUUAGAAAAUUUGGAAGAGAUUAUUCAGGCGUCAGAUGGAGCUAUGGUGGCCAGAGGAGAUCUAGGUGCACAGAUACCAUUGGAACAGGUCCCAUCAGUUCAACAGAAAGUUGUGCAGCUGUGCAGGCAAUUAAAUAAGCCUGUCAUUGUUGCCUCCCAGCUGCUUGAAUCCAUGAUCGAAUAUCCUAUACCAACCAGAGCGGAAGUUGCUGAUGUUUCUGAAGCAGUAGGGCAGCAGGCAGAUGCUCUAAUGCUUUCCAGUGAAUCAGCCAUGGGUCAAUACCCUGAGAAAGCAUUAGCUGUGCUAAGAAGUGUCAGUUUGAGAAUUGAGAGGUGGCGGAGGGAGGAGAAGCAGUGUGAUACCACCGACCUUCCAAUUGUGUCAGCUUCCAUGCCUGCUAGCAUUUCUGAGGAGAUAUGCAAUACAGCUUCGAGUAUGGCUAACAAACUGAAAGCAGAUGCCAUUUUUGUUUACACAAAAACUGGGCAGACAGCAUCUUUUCUUUCCCGCAAUCGGCCUGACUGUCCAAUCUUUGCAUUUACACCCACAACAUCCAUCCGAAGGUGCUUGAACCUGCAGUGGGGCUUGAUUCCUUUCCGCCUUAAUUUCUCAGAUGAUAUGGAGAGCAAUCUAAACAGAACCUUCUCCUUGCUCAAAGCAAGAGGCAUGAUCAACUCAGGUGACCUUAUCAUUGUUGUCUCUGAUGUUCUGCAAUCCAUCCAAGCAAUCAAGGUUCCCUAAAGUGGAAUAUGCCUUAGUUUAAUUGGUAUGUGUGCACUUUUCAUGAUUUUAUAAAAUUAAUAAAUAGGAACACGUAUUAAUUCAUGGUAGGUUACGAAUAUAUUGAUGUCUAUUCUACAAUUGAUUGGGGGAUAUAAGUGGUCUUAGGCAACAUGGUGAAAAAUCCACUUUCUUUCACAGCCAGAAGGAACCCUCCACAUGUUCCUUCUUUUUGGCACAUUUUUUCCAACUUCAAGCUGCAAACCAGAAGUGAUCCCUUCAAGUGGCGGAGAUGUAAUUUUAUCUCUUUCCUAUGAAUUUUUUUUUCCCUUUCGACAACAUUGUAAUGGGCAAUAGAUUAUUUCAGUGAUUGAAUUAGCUUGUCGUGAUUGUAGAGAAAAGAUAACAGGAGAGAACAUUGUGUGUAUUUGUCAUUUUUGACAUGGGAAAUUGUUGUAUUUCAUUGUUUCUUGAUUCAUCUCUGUAUUUGAUCAUAUAGACUGUUGUACUUUUUCCUCCGAGAAUUCUUAAUUGCAAUAUUAUGAAGAUCCAAGUUAUGA